GGAACAAUGCUCCUUGUGUAAAAAUUACAUUUUGUGAUUCACACGAAAAUGAAAUUCUGGUUGAUAAAUUUUUAAUUGGCUGCAUGUUUGUUUUAACAUGUUUAUCAAGUCGCAGGUGCUUGUUUCAACAUUUCUUUCUUCGUCGUACUCCAGCAUUCUUUACAUUUUUUAUUAAUAUAAUAUAAAAUUCUUUGUUUAUAUUAUCACUGGGACAGGUGGCUUUCCUCCCUUCAUCCCUGUUGUUUUUAUCCUCGCACCUUUAAUCGUUGAUUUGACAAGUGUAGCAUAAACUUGUGCGAUGGAGAACGAGAUAUGUUUUCAGGAAAAUUUUUUAGUUUGGAUUUUUUUCAUAAGGGAGUGUGGUUUGAAUUUGUACUGGCAAAAAAAAAGUUUAACAUGUUCGUUUAUAUUCUUAUCGCGUGUGUUUUGAAAACAGGCUAUAGUGUGGAGAGCAACCAGCCAACAUUACGCGAAUGUCGCUCGUUGGUACAUCUAAAACCUAAAAUCGACUUAACCACACUAUUCCGAAGUUCAGAUCGAAAGGAGAAACUUACCAUUAAAACCUCAUUUAGCACUCUUUAUACUGAGAAAGGGUGUGGUCGAGACACACAUGAUGCUAUCACUUUGUAUCGAAAUUGUGGUAUCGACAGGAUAAUACAACUUUUACCAAUAUAUUCUCUAUCACAAGAAGUCUAUGUGAAACAUAUACCAAGCGAACUAACCGAGAGAGGUGGAAUCGACUAUGUGUUUGACGGAGGUACUGCAGUACGAUAUCCAACAAAGCGACUGCCCACAUCUUGGUUUCAAAGUUACACCAUCACAGCAUGGGUUCUCGUGGAAGUUCACGCUCAGCGUCAGUACAUAUUCUCAUGGUCUGACGGCGAUACACCACGAAAAGAAUAUACUGGCUUCUAUGUAGCCAGACGAGACGAUGGUAAACAUAUCAACUUUGGCUUUCAUCAUACACAUGUUGAUCAACUCACAGGAGAAGAGUGUCAAAUCAAACAGAGAUGGAGAUUUCAUUCGCAUAACAUCGAAUGGAAUUUCUUAUCACUCUCCUUUCAAAAAUGCAGUGUUCAGUUAACGGUGGACGGAAAUAUUUUAUCUCCGGUAAGUGGGAUGUUAAAGUUUCAUCUACCAGAGAAGCAUAUCCAGCCGAAAUUUGUAAUCGGAGCCAGAUGGGCGGGCAGUUUGUUGAAGUAUAGCGAUUAUUUCCAUGGAAAGAUCAGUGGAUUUAUGUUGACACCUAGUGACGUCAACACAGAAAAAUUGGCCUGCCUUUUGGCUUGUCGUGAAAAAUUACAAAUCGCGUCUCGCUUACCCAGCGGUAUUAAAGUUACAAAUGGUGUGAACAGUCUAACGAUUGAAGGCUAUUCGGAAGAAAAACAUUUUUCUGAAAGUCUUGGUGAUAUUGUUUACAUGAACAACGCGCAAUAUCCUGUGCAUGCCGAGCGUCACAUCGCUGUUGAGGUGACGAAUCAGGUUACCAAGAAAACUACAAAAGAAAAAGUGCGUGUUAAAAUACAAAGAAAAGAACCUAGUAUUGUUAUCCAAGGUGAUUGCAACGAACAUGGGACUUCGCUUACAACACAGGGCAUCAAGUUAUGUAGGGAUAUUAAUAUUUAUAUGACUGGCUGUGAACAAGUUCUCGACUCACUUGUUGUAAAUGUGAAACCGCAGAUGAGCAAAAAAGAAAAAGUAUUUAUUGCACAGGCUUAUAUAAAAAGACAUCGUCUAACAUUGGUUACUACGGAAACGGGUUUUGUUGUGUACGGUUCGGCUAUGGUUAGCCAGUAUGCUGAAUUGCUCAGACAUAUUAAGUAUUCUUCCUCAGGAUAUAUUGUUGGAGAGUCAACUCGAAUCGCGAUGAUUAGUGUCUUGGGAAGAAAUGGCCUAAUCAAGUCGAACGACUUCAACAUUUCAUUCAAAUCAACAACUAGUGGGAUUGUAGUAUUGCCUUUAAAUGGUCUCGAUAACGUGAAUGCUAUGCAUGCAGUUUCCAGCAAUCAUAUAGUGCGAGCAAAGUCGAAGCUCGUGGCAAGCAAGGAUAACACAUCAACCCAACCUUACGUUGUGUGGUUAAUAACAGCUUGUUUGUUUAGUGCAGCGUUGGUUGUGUUUAUGGUUGGUUAUGGCUACCGAACGUAUAAAUAUCGUGGAAAUCACUAUCAUAAGAAGGGUCAUGAAGAACACGAGAAAUUAGUUUCAUCUGAAUACUUUUGGGACGAAGGUGAACUUCCAAUGCGACUCACUAUAAACCCAUCGGAGCGUGUUAGUAUUACAAACGACCCGUAUGUCGACAUAAUAUUAAAGCAACCGACAAAUGGUUCAACAUCCGACGAGUCGGUUUUUAGUGACGACGAUGAGACGGAUUUUGAUACCGACAGUAUACGUCAGCUUGAAUGGGACAGUUUAGAAAAUUCGCUUGACGCGAUACUUGAAGAAGAACGAAAACUGAAUGAAGAGAAGAAACCUCGGGAAAGAAAAAUGAAAAAAGAUGGCUUCAACAAGGAAAUUUAUCUAUAAUCAUUUUAGAAUUUAUUAUUUUUUUCUUCUGUUUCGUUAACUUUUUAUCUAAAUUUUAAACUAAAGCCAUCGGCGUGUUAUGACAUUCCCAGAUGUCUUAAAACUGACAGUUUUUUAUUUUUUUUCACUUCUGUUUAACAACGUCUUUUUAUAAAUUUUUUAUUUUAUGCAAAGUUUAAUAUUUUUAUUUAUUAUUUUCAUGUAUAUUAAACUGUAACUAAGUUGUACAUAUUAUAUGAUAGUAAAGAAUUGACUACAGCCACCAAA